AUGAGGGUCAGGACGGAGAGAAACACUCUGGAAGAAUACUGCAGUGAACUGCUGAAGAGUGAUCCCCGUUUCUGCCAGAGCUCAGAGCUCAUCCAGUUCCUGCUUCCCAAACCCCAGGACCUCGAUUCUGACUUAGCAAAAAACAGUAUCGUGAUCAUGCCAUCAGAAACCUCUCUGAGCAGCGGUAAUGUUGGAAUGAACAACGUUACUCAACCCUUUGUUACUGAAACAUACCGAUGCAUAGCUACUUAUGAGACCAAGGACACCAAGAACCGGCCCUUCAAGGUUGAGGUGGAUGAGAUUGUGGAUGUGCUCAUUAAAGACCAAAAAGGAUGGUGGCUGGUGGAAAAUGAAGCCAAACAUCUCGCUUGGUUUCCUGCUCCGUAUCUGCAGAGAGCUGAGAUGGAUGAUGAUGGUCCUGAUGUGAUGGAUGAUGGAAGUGUUUUCUAUGUUGCCGCCAAAAGUUACAAAGCCAUGAACAGUGAUGAACUAUCAGUGGAGAUCGGGUCUGUGGUGGAGGUGUUACAGAAGUCCGACAACGGCUGGUGGAUAGUGAGGUACAAUCGAAAGGCGGGAUUCGUACCAUCUAUGUACCUGCAACCAUACAAUAACCCACGAAUGCACCUGAUGCCUGCUAAGAGGGAGAUAACCAGCUCCACUCUUGACUUGGCACAGCUUCAACGUCCUGGAGAAAAUUUCCUGCAGGUCUCCAGCCGUGAGCUCAGCAGAUCCCAGGGUAACCUGGGACCUCCAGGAAGCACCCUGGACCCUAAAGAUAAGCAGAUGUCACGAUCAAUGAGUAGACUGCCGGAUGCUCAUACAACACGGCUGACUCCACCAUCAGUCCGAGUGGAGUUUGUCGAGAACGGCCAGCAAAGCAGUCUGAGUGAUGACAGCGAAGAGUUCAGCGACGACAGCAGCUUCUCCGGUAAAUCGCUAAAUCGCUCGGACACGGAAGAGCAAUUACGCAGAAGUCGCACCCCUACGCUUAACUCCUCUGGCAGCCUGAGCCCUGAAAGUGCCGAAGGCGGCAAGAUGAUCGGCAGCAGAUCAGACCCCAGUCUCAACAAGAUGCCCUCCACCCCCAAGAUACCACCCAGACCCAAAGCUCAGGAGAUACUCAAACGCUGCACCACCGUCACAUGCAAAAACCUGCAGAGAACUAGUUAGGCCGAUGUCUCAAGCACUUCAGGUUACAUGUUUGAGGAGAGCAUCCAAGAGUCCAGGUCCAGACAAGCAUUAAUGUCCACUGCCGUAACACUUGCUUGAUGCUACUGUGAUUAUUAGAUGGACAAAUUAUGGAGAGAUUCUUACUACACACAUUUAUACUACUAGAACCAAGUUAAGAUCUUAUUCUUGGAACUGAAUUAUUACAUAUGUUACAAAUGAUGGGUCUACAUGUUUCUAGAGAAGCUGCUCUUUGGAUCUGAUAAAUGUAGAUUUUCUUUAACUGAAGAAAAGAUAAUGAUCGACACAGCUUAGAAAUCUUUUAGAAUCUUCUACAGAACAUGUAUCUUUCUUAGUUUUCCCUCUUUUUCCAUAGUGGAAAACAUCACUUGUGCCUUAUAUGCAUUGUAUAUCCUAUUAUACUUGAACACUGUAUACUCUUCAGGUUU